AUGCUGCAAAUUAUCUCAGAGGUCAUGAACACAAUAAGUCAGACGGACCACUUCGACCUUCAUUGGAUGUCAAAUGAGAAGCUACUGGCGAAAUUCUUUCAGACUUUCAACACCUCCCUCAUCUACGCCACCCUGUCGGCUCCCAUCUCCAACGAACCCUGGGAUAAGUGUCUCGAGAUCUACUCCCAGAUUACACGUUUCCCGGCCCUUAUCGAGGAGUGGUCGAAAGCGGUCAGGCUGCUCACACGCCAACUGGGAAUUGUCAUGUUCGACGUCAAGUUAAACGACCUUCCCAAUGAAAGCAAAUUAAAGCGCGGCCGGCGUUCUCUUGGAGGUUGGUCAUGUAUUGUAACUUUUUGGCACCUCUUCCUAAAUUUUAUGCCAUGCAUGUAUUUUUGGCCUCUAGUGAAUAGACUGCGUGGGGAUGCGUCAUGCGAAGAAGCACGAAUUCCGCGCCUGAUUGUUUGGUAA